AGGCGGUUGCUGGCGGCGGCCGCCGCCCUCCCUCGACCCAAUGGCGCGGCUGCGGCGUCAGUAAUGUGAAGGAGCGAACUGGCUCGUCCGGCCCCCGGGCCUGCAGCCCAUUACACCAUCCGCCACGGCAGCUGCUGCAACGCGAACGGCCCGGGAGGGAGGGUGCAGACAGCUCCGCGGGGCGGGGCGGAGCGAGCAGCGCGGCCGGAUUCAUUCCUGUGGGGCGCGGGGCAUGGAGGAGCUGUGCGGCCGCAGGCGGAGUAGGGCAUCCCAGGCGACGGGGACAACGGUUUCCAUUUGAAGGGGCGGCCGGAACCGGAGCAGCGGUCGGCCGGAGCAGCAGCCCCGGGGCAGUUCGGUGCUCUGCUUCUCCGAUGUUUGAAUGCGAUAGGACCAAACCUCCUCUCUGUGUUUUAUAUCCGUUCUGGGUCUCAGUGACUAACGUUGAACUUUGGCUCCUGUUACUUGCCUGCGUGGAGAGUUAAGCUGGAGCUCUGCUUUGAACGAUAAAUAAAAGCUUAGCCUCGACGAGACAUAAAUGGAUCUAAAGACAGCGGUGUUCAACGCAGCGCGCGAUGGCAAACUCCGGCUCCUCACCAAGUUGCUGGCAAGCAAAUCGAAAGCGGAGGUUUCCUCCUUAAUCUCGGAGAAAACAAAUGGGGCCACCCCACUCUUGAUGGCUGCUAGGUAUGGACACCUCGACAUGGUAGAAUUCCUUCUAGAGCAGUGCAGUGCUUCCAUAGAAGUCGGGGGCUCUGUUAACUUUGACGGGGAAACCAUCGAGGGGGCCCCCCCUUUAUGGGCCGCUUCUGCAGCAGGACAUCUGAAGGUUGUCCAGUCUUUGUUAAAUCACGGAGCAUCUGUCAACAACACGACUUUAACCAACUCAACUCCUCUUCGAGCCGCGUGCUUCGAUGGCCAUUUGGAAAUAGUGAAAUACCUUGUAGAACACAAAGCCGAUUUGGAAGUGUCCAACCGCCAUGGGCAUACUUGCUUGAUGAUUUCAUGCUAUAAAGGACACAAAGAAAUCGCUCAGUAUUUACUUGAAAAGGGGGCAGAUGUUAACAGAAAAAGUGUUAAAGGCAACACUGCAUUGCAUGAUUGUGCAGAGUCUGGAAGUUUGGACAUCAUGAAGAUGCUGCUUAUGUAUUGUGCCAAGAUGGAGAAAGAUGGCUACGGAAUGACUCCUCUUCUCUCAGCAAGUGUGACUGGUCACACUAAUAUUGUGGAUUUUCUUACGCACCAUGCCCAGACAAGCAAGACAGAACGUAUUAAUGCUCUAGAGCUUCUGGGAGCUACGUUUGUAGAUAAAAAAAGAGAUUUACUUGGGGCUUUGAAAUACUGGAAAAAGGCGAUGAACAUGAGGUACAGUGAUAGGACUAAUAUAAUUAGUAAACCAGUCCCACAGACACUGAUAAUGGCCUAUGACUAUGCCAAGGAGGUAAACAGUGCAGAAGAGUUAGAAGGUCUUAUUGCUGAUCCUGAUGAGAUGAGAAUGCAAGCGCUGUUAAUUAGAGAACGGAUUCUUGGUCCUUCUCAUCCCGAUACCUCUUACUACAUUAGAUAUAGGGGUGCUGUCUACGCUGACUCUGGAAAUUUUAAGCGAUGCAUCAACCUAUGGAAAUAUGCUUUGGAUAUGCAGCAGAGCAAUUUGGACCCUUUAAGCCCAAUGACUGCCAGCAGCUUACUGUCUUUUGCAGAACUGUUCUCCUUCAUGCUACAGGACAGGGCUAAAGGCUUGCUGGGCACUACUGUUACAUUUGAUGAUCUCAUGGGCAUACUGUGCAAAAGUGUCCUUGAAAUUGAGCGAGCUAUCAAACAAACUCAGUGUCCAGCUGACCCAUUGCAGUUAAAUAAGGCUCUUUCCAUCAUUUUGCACUUAAUUUGCUUAUUAGAAAAAGUUCCUUGUACUGUAGAACAGGAUCAUUUCAAAAAGCAGACCAUCUACAGGUUUCUUAAGUUGCAUCCAAGAGGAAAGAAUAACUUCAGCCCUCUGCAUCUGGCUGUGGACAAGAAUACUACAUGUGUGGGGCGGUACCCUGUUUGUAAGUUUCCAUCUCUGCAAGUUACUGCGAUACUGAUAGAAUGUGGUGCUGAUGUGAAUGUCAGAGACUCUGAUGACAACAGUCCCCUACAUAUCGCGGCUCUGAAUAACCAUCCAGACAUCAUGAAUCUCCUUAUUAAAUCAGGUGCACAUUUUGAUGCCACAAACUUACACAAACAGACUGCCAGUGACUUGCUGGACGAGAAGGAGAUAGCUAAAAAUUUGAUACAGCCCAUAAAUCAUACCACAUUGCAGUGUCUUGCUGCUCGUGUCAUCGUGAAUCAUAGAAUCUAUUACAAAGGGAACAUCCCAGAAAAGCUAGAGACCUUUGUUUCACUUCAUAGAUGAUAAUUUGAUUGUGCUUCAGCACCGUUAAAGCACGGAGUGGGAACAGUUGUAAUGAGCACUGUUGUGAUAACACCAGCAUCCAUUAGCUUGAUAUCAUUGCUCCCAUUGGCUAAAGCAUUGUAAGCAUCAAAUGUGCAGGGUUGGUUUCCCAGUGUUUAAUAUAAAUAUACCGUAUAAUAUAUUGUUGUGAAUUAUUGAGAAAUGUCAUGUCAUAUUCAAAUUUCUAAAAUUGUCUGCCAAAGGCCAUUCUGAUUUUGUUUGCUGUUGGGUGUUUGGGACAGAGUUAACUGUUUUUCAGUGAUGUCUAUAUUUUACUAGUAUGUGAAUUUUAUACAAUUGGAAGUCAUCCUCCCCUGGCUCCCACUUCUGUCUUCAAGUUUUGCCUGUUUCCACUUUUUCUCCCAAACCAUUUCUGCUACAGUGUUCCCUGAACCGUUGGGUCCAUGCUAAGUCAUAAACCUUAUGGACUUGUUU